UCUACCGGCGCUGACGCAACGCUUUUCCGCUCAGUGCGCUCAGUAGCAACAGAUCUCCGUUAGUUAUGAGAUAAACAUUGGGCUGUACAGUCCAUGAGUGUUUCACUCCCAGGAAAAACAAGCAGGAAUUGUUUGGGAUUGCGCUUUGAUGUGAGAAGCUCGUUUUCUAAAGGGACGAGAAGUCUUUGGGUUGAGCCAGAACAAUGCAGGCUGUUUCUCAAACAAUAACCACAGAGGAAUACCUCACCUGUCUCCAUAUUCAGCUUUAUCAUCCAGACCAGUCUGUGUAUCCUCUCUACAGCCUUCUUCGCCUAAACCAACCUCAAAAGAUCUGGGCAGAAGAUCCGAUUAGGCUGGGCCGAGAUGGACAAGUUUGCUCUUUUCUGUUCAACGACACCCAUGUCUCCCGAAAACAGCUCUCCAUCCAGGCAUAUCGCAAAGCUGGUAACCCAGACCUGCGCUUCACGGUGCAGAACAUAAGCCAGAAAGGGAAGAUUCUGGUAAACGGGUAUGAGCUGCACCAUUUGGAGAGAGUUGAUCUGGAGGAAAAGGCCCUGCUCAGAUUUGGGAAGUAUGAGUUGCUGAUUUGGCAGGACCCUGGUGAGGCUCAGGACAGUUUUGAAGUUUUGUUUGAAAAGCUGAACGUUUCUCCUUCAAGGGAAAUGGGUGUGGAUCUGCCGUGCACAAUAGCAGUGAUGGAUACAGGUCUGAGAAGCUAUCAGAAUGGAGCACCAGUCAGUCAAGAGCCACUGGAAAGUGAUGAGAACCUGUAUAUCUAGCAGCCAAGAGAAAAUCUUCAUGGAACCUAGGAUGAGUUCACCGUUAUUUUAAAUGCAAAGAUGAGGAUAGGGUUGUUGAUUCAGCACAUGACAUUUCCUCAUUUUGUUUUGUGUGAAGUCAGGCAUGUUUUCAUUUAUCCAUGUUUCCUAUGUCCUGUUUUUAUUUUCUGAUUAUUAAUUUCGACAUUUUCUUGCUUUAACUCAUUUUUUAUUCUGUUACAUUAAUACUUUCUGUAAAUUUCUGGAAAAUAUUUAUCUAGAGUGUAAGUAGCAUUUCAGCAUUGUAGUAGCAGCUAUCAAAAUUAUUUUGCCAUUGCUAACUAUAUUUAUAUAUGCCAUUGUGCCAGGUGUGUGUGUGUGUGUGUGUCUCUCUCUCUCUCUCUCUCUCUCUGUCUCUUUCUCUCUCUCUCUUUCUCGCUCUCUAGUCAUAAACACUUAACAACAUAUUAUUUAAGUAACCUAAUUUUAUUGAACGAUGUACUGAUGAACUACCAUGCAUUUAUUACGUAUGCACAUAUAAAUGGUGUUAGAUGGGCCAUGCCAAACUAUAGGUUAGCAUGCCAUCCUUUAAACGAAAAUGUGAAAUAGACAAAGAAGGAUGUUUUUUUAAAUAAAUGUUAAUUAACACCUUUAAAACUGAAGCAUAAAAACUGUUUUGUACAAAUAAAGCAGUGUUGAAAACUUU